AAGUCUGCAUGUUAGGGGUUAAUGUGUCGCUUCACUUUAAUGUUUACCCCGAGAUAACUAGCCAGAUAAAACGCCCAAGUUUGUCAUCUUUACAUUUACAUAAAACACAAUAUAAAACCCAUUUGGGAGCGGGUUUACGAACCGUGGACCUCUUCUACACGUGCGACGCUUAAGAAUUAAGUGCCUGAGUUUUAUAGCUAAUAUGGCUAGCGCACUAAGUUCACGUUGAGUCCCACGUGGGUUUGAUAUUAUUCCCCGGGCAGACAGCAAUGGAGGAAUUGCCACUCAUAGGAAUAUGUGACGGUGCUAUUGAUAAGAAGAAAGACACGCAUUAUUACACAAAUAAAAUCGGAGGAUGUCCGGACCUGAUACCAGGUGUAUCUACUCCACAUAGCCAGUGCACUCUUUGUGGUGAUCUCCUUAGUCAUGUUGUUCAAAUAUACUGCCCUCUUGCGGCAUCUCCAUAUCAUCGCACCAUUAAUGUGUUUGCCUGCAGUGCUCCACAGUGUCAUGGCAAGCUGGAAAGCUGGAAAGCGCUCCGUUCACAGUGUAUGGAGUCUGAGAUAAGAGAACCUUCAGCGUGUCAGAGCUCUGAUAAAACACCAGUUUCCAGUACAGACUGGUGUGACGAUGCAGAUGACUGGGGAAUGGACUCUGAGGAGAAUGUGUACAAUGAACAGACUUGUACUGCUCAGCCUGAGACAGAUGACCUUACAGCAAGCCUGGAGGUCAGCAGCAGACUUCAAGACCUCUGCAUGAAUGUUGAAUCUGCUGGACAACCUACAGAUAUUCCCACCUUUCAGUCCUUCUACAUCAGUGUGGUGGAGGAGACGGACCUUGUGGGGCAAAAUGACCUGGAGCAUGCCAACAAACUGCUGAAGGAGUAUGAGGAGAGGGAGGGUGUGGCCAUCAGGGAGAUUGCACGCUGUGAAGGUGAAGGAGGGGAGGAGGCGUAUGAAAAAGCCAAAGCCAAACAUGGAGAUGCAGUCUUCUCCAGUUUCAUGAAGAGAAUCUCCCUUUGUCCAGAACAAGUGCUUCGAUACAGUUGGAGUGGGACGCCGUUAUUUAUAAUGGAGCCUCCUUCAAACAUUAAUCAGACCGUGCCUCCUUGCGCACACUGUGGCAGUCCUAGAGUUUUUGAAUUCCAGUUAAUGCCAGCACUGGUCAGUUUGCUCCGCAGUGCACAUCUAACUUCAGAGCUUGCAGUUGAGUUCGGAACUGUUUUGAUUUAUACCUGCAGAGACAGUUGUUGGACAUCUGGAUCAAGAAGUCCUCUUGAGGAAUUCCACUUUGUACAAACUGAUCCUGACCAAAAGCUCUUUAAAUGAUAGUCAUAGUUUAAAGACAAUAAAGCAUAAUUUAACAAACUGUA